CGAUGGCGGAAAUUAAUGAGAAAAGACGACGAAGUGCAGAAAACGAGAAAAUAUUGUAAAAAAGUAAUUUUCAACAGGAAAAGUUUCUAAAACUUGUGAAAUUGUUGUCAAAAUCGAGAGUAUCCGCAAUCGGGAAUAUAUAUUCGAUGAAAUUAUGGCCGCGGAGCAACGUGUAUUAAAACAGGAUGGUUAUUUGGACGUGGGUAAUGUCGAGGAAUCGCGUAAUAUCGCCUACCAUCCACACUUGAAUGUAAUUCUCGUCUUCGACUCCAGUAAUCAAGUGAAAAUUCUCGAUGUACAUUCAGGAGUUAUUUUACAGACUUAUAAUUUAGGCGGAAAUGCCAUCGAUGGAAACGUACGAGGAAAAUACCUUCCCCUACAGGAGAAGAUACUCCUUUGGGACGGACAGAAUUUAGGUUUUCGCGGUGACUACAAUGGUGUUUUGCUAUUGGAUACAAUUCUUCAACCACCUAUUUUGCAAAAUGAUGAUCUUAUCAAAUUAGAAUUGCUUCUAUCAGAAGCGAUAAUUUUUCAGACGUGUCUCAAAGAUCUCGAACAAGAAGGCUUGGAAUGCCCUAGUGACGUCAGUAAUGAACUAUUGGAAAAGAUAAAAAAUGCACAAGCAAAUGCUAAGAAGGGUAUCAAAGCUCAGAGGUGGAACACAAUUUGUUUGGAAGUAUCGUAUUCAAGCUUAAAAUUGGUUGCAAAUAAUGUAGUUAUUAUGUUGAAGCGAUUAGAGCGUCACAUUCCCGCCUUGGCAAUAGCUUCGGCUAUAAAUGAACGACUAACUGAUCUACUUUCCGGAUCUCGAAUACCGGAUUUAAGUUGGCAUGGAAGUAACUUUCAGCGUGUGCUAAUGCAUUCUGAAGCUGUACGCAGACAAACAUUUGAAAAAUGGCCACAUAUGGACUACAAGUGGGCUUUACCCGAUCAAAUGGCACAAGCCGGCUUUUAUCACCAGCCAUCAUCAUCUGGCGAGGAUCGUGCCAUGUGCUUCACCUGCAGCGUUUGCUUAGUUUGUUGGGAGAAAACCGACGAACCGUGGAGUGAACAUGAACGCCAUUCUCCGAUGUGUCCGUUCGUCAAGGGCGAGUACACACAAAAUGUUCCAUUAUCUGUGACAUACGCAACCAAUCCUGCUGUGUCUGCACCGGGACUUGGUUUCGAUGUCAUCUCAAACAGCGAUUAUGCCAACGUAUUAUGCACAAGUUGCACGCAGACUGGGGAAAUUACUAUUUGGAGUAUCGAGCGACAUCUGAAGAAGAUGCAUUCCUUCAAUAUUGCUAGUUUAAUGAAGGAUAUCUGUGAUGAAGGGUAUAAGUGGGCACGUGUGACCGCAAUAUGUGUUCUGCCAAAUGCCCGUGCGCAGUGCAAAAUUAAUGCAAUGACUGCAAAUCAAACAGGCGGAGGGGGGAGUGCAGGUUGCGGUGGGGUUGCAGGUGGUAAUGUGACCGCCAGUGGCAUAGUACAAUGUUCCUCCACGUCUACUCUACGCGCAGGUGUGGUUGGCUCCAAAAUCGUAUUGGGUAUGAGCAUCCGACAAAACACCGGCGAAUAUUUACUUCGCAUGGUGGUGCUAAAUAUUGUUGAGAGUGAUCGUGUUCAAGAAAAUACUGGAAAUAGUAACACUGGUACUGGAUCUGGAAGCGGUAAGACUAGCAUUAAUAGCAACGGCAAUGCUGGCACAAACCAGAAGUCGCAAUUGAUUGGAGUCGCUGAUAAUGGUGGAGGUGGUGGCGAUGGCACCAACAGCGAGAAGCUGAGUGACAAAUACGAUCAGCGAGACGAUGAUAACAAAUCGCUUUCUUCGGAUUUCGAAAAAUAUGCAGAUGGCUUCGACAGCAACGGAUUUGUAUCGGAGUUAAUUGCUUUGAAGAAAGGUGAUUGUGUUGUUGGCGAUAAGGUUGAGAGUCUCAAAGCAGAUUUUAACGAUUUAUUGGAGGAUGAACUUAUGAAAAUGGACUUAUCACAAAGCUAUAUAAUUUCACAAUUUUUGGAAAAAAGUCAUGAUGCGGGAAGCGGUAAUGAAAUCAGUGUCGGAGUAGGAGUCGGCAGUGAUGUAUCUUUGAAUGCCAAUGAAAUUGAAAUGGAUCCAAGCUAUUUCAAAGAGAAGUUAUUGGCUGCUACACUAGCAGCACAGCAAAAUAAUACCAAUAAUAACAAUGGACACAAAAGUAGUAACAACAAUAAUAGCAAUGGUAGUACAAUUGUUCAAAAGCUAACUGUGAGCGAAGAUAUUGAUUGUGUAGUUGAAAGUUGUACAAGUGUGCGAAGAAUGAAUGCGCUGGUGUCGGACGGCGAAGCGUGCAGUGGUGCUGGAGGAGGCGCCACUAAUGGCCGUCGCGAAAUCAUCGAAAUCGGUGAGAUUUUGCCGGUAAAUGGCAAAUGCAAUCAGCUGCUGGUGAAAUUAGUAAAAACAAAAGCGCCUAACGAAACGUCAAGUAAGAUAAUUAUGGCAACAGUGGACAUGGAUUUAGACGAUGAACGAAUGGAAGAUCAUGCGGAUUUCAAUUCGGAAGCGGUAGCUGCUCAACUUCUACUUUUCGACUAUGCAGAUUCGACCAUUUCAAAUGAAUAUACUUUGGCCGUCACUUUCAGUCGAACAAAGUGUCCUCAACAAUUGUGUAUUUUGCCAAGUUUUCAAUCUUCAGAUGAUGAUCAAAAUAGCUUCAACACAGAUUCGGGUGCGCUUUGUGUCGUAUGUGCUGACGGUAGCAUGGAAAUUUACUCCCUAACGGACUUUCAACCUAUAACAGUUGUUGAGGAGGAAGGCGAACAUUUCGUUUCGGUUGCAUAUUGUCGUAGCCUGGAUCGUCUAUGUGGCUGCACACGUAGUGGGUCGCUAAUAUUUUACUCCUUAAAUGACGCAGAGAAUGAGUCUGGUGACGAAAUGCUCGAAAUGGAAGACGACUGCAAAGCAACAUUGGCAUCAACGUACCCCCAAAGACAAAGCGAAAAUGAUUUCCCUAAUACUGACGCGGGAAAUAGCAAUAUUGCAUUGUCCAAAGCAUCCGUGACUGUUCCAGAUGGCUUAAGCAGAAACGUGGCGCCAACUGUAUACACAUCAACGAGUUCAGUAUCAACCGGAAUUGAGCACUUAACAGAAGACAGCCAAUAUUUUGGCAUUGAAUCGUUAUUGACUGCCAGUAAUAUUAAAAUAGAUUGCAGCGGCCAAGGUUCGAGCAGUAGUUCUGGCUUAAAUGGUGGACUAAAUAAUAAUAGUUUGUCACAAUCGUCGCCAUCACCCUCAACGUCUUCUAUUAAUGCGGCGUCCUCUUCCAAUUUGCUGGCAUACAAAACUAGCGAACUUUCGCUUGAUGAUUUACGAACUCUCUACGAACUCACACAGUUCGACGAUGUGUUGGCCUUAUAUACUGCCGAAGUGCCGAGUUGCUGGAAUGAUCUAGUGCAGGCGCAGAAACAGCGAAAGCAGCCACAACAUUUGCGCCAUGGUGACGACACGCAAUUCACGAAAACGUGGCGCUUACAUAACGAUGCCACCACUUGGGAUGAGCACAUUAUUGAACUUAACCUCGUGCAACCGGUUAACUUAGGACAUAUUGAUUUGAAGUUCUCACUAUAUCAGCAGUGCCAUAAUCCGGCCGCAAUUCAAGUCACAUUACUAAAACAGAAUACCAGCGGAUUCGGCUAUCGCAUGAAAGGUCCGCACCUCAAUUAUAAGCAAUCCGCUAUGGAUGACAACAUAGAUUUGACUUUUAACAGUUAUGAUGGCAACAAUGAGAAUCCUGUUCUGAGUGAAGAAUAUCUACAAACACAUAAUGCUGAAAUACUUGCGGGCCCAAUUGAGUUGUCCUCGUGCAUUGAUCUAUGCGACCAAGGCGGCACAGUUACACUGACAUCACCGAAACUGUUUAAGACGCGCACGCGCAACUUUCUGUUACACAUUAAAACCAUGUCAGAUCCAGCAAAGGAAGGCCAAAGCAAGACGCGAGUGCCUGUACGUAAAGGUGCAAUAAUGCGUUUACCGUUAUCAUCAUCAUUUGCCGGAAGCACAGCACAUAACUUUAUGACAAAUAAUACCGCAAGCUCAAAUGCAUCCGCCACCAACACCAAUACCAGUUCGUUUCCGUCAAGCUCAUCAAAGUCACGUUUUGAUUUUUACAUUGGUUGUGAUUGGUUGCAUGAGAUUUCCAUCAAUGUUCGCGGUGUGAAAAGUCAAAAUCGCAUUCCCAAUGAGCGUUUGCAGAGAAUAGCAAUGCUCGAGAGUAAUAUUCUGCUUGAGAAUCUGUUCAAAAUUGUGAGCAAUUCCAAUUCAGCAACGCUGGAGAAGAAUCUAGCUUUGGAUAUCCUUACAUGGAUAUGCUUUAUACGCUUAAACCGUUUCCGCUCACCAAAAUCCGAACGGAUCAAGGGGCAAAUUAAUAAAAAUACAGCUUCUACAAACACAGACUUAAUGGCUCAACAAUUCGAAUGUAUCUGCCUGUCGGAAAAGUAUCUGGAAAAUAUGCUGCGCAACUGCAUCAUACACAGCAAUCGCACAAUGGCACACAAAUGCGUCAAAUUGAUACUAAUAUUAACCGACGGCAUAUGCAGUCUGCCUGUUGAGGUGCAGUCACAUUCCACCCUCGACGUUGCCAUAAAGGACGCCGUAGCGAAUACAUUCAACGAGUUGCCGCGCGCCAAGUUCGCGAGCGUUGUGCGUUGGUAUGCCAUGCUCGCUUGUGCCACUUCGACACUAGAAUCACACAACGGUAUAUCGGAGUUGUGUGUUAAAUUACUGACUGAAAUUGCAAAGGAAAUCGAUGUGCGUUGGGAUCCCUACUGCUCUUUGCUCAGUACAAGAUUUGGUCUCUACGGCUUUCCCUUCGAGCCUGAAAUAUUCGAUUACGACUUGCCAAAUGUAAAUAAAAGUAACGUUGUACUGCCCUCGUCGCUAAUGAAUAUGAUUCGUUCGAAUGCAGGUCUAAUGCAAGCCGCCGGUUUAGAUAUUAAAAAGCUUUGCUCUAUUGAUGGUGUGGAUUUUCGUACGUUUCCGCAUUUGAUCAAAUGCAAGAGUGUUAGUAAUCAGCUGCGCGGCUUAUUGGAGGUUGAGCAAUUACACUACACAUGUGCAUCGACGUCGGAGGCAACGCGUAUCGAUAAUAUGGACACGGUGUCUGCAAGCAGCGCAUCCAAUAUCAAUAUGGAGGAAUUGAUUGUCGCACCGAUGGUAGACAUGCCCAAAGAACAAGAAAGCUACAAUGUCAAUGAUUUGGUAUAUAAUGUGGAUAAACAUAUGAAGAUAGUCAACGCUAAGAAAUCCGAAAAUGAUGUAGUCGCAGAAGUGCUGAAGCCAAACGGAAUAUGUAAUUUCAAUCCAGCCAGCAUCAUCGAUGACAAAAUCAAAAAGUGUAUGCCGCUUUUGCCAAAAUUCAAAGCCAUUUGCAAGUACAUUGAGUAUUGCGAUGAGAACUUGCAAGCCACUUCAGCUGGUAAUAACAACAGCAACUAUGCCAAUAACGAUACAAUGCUCUCAAAUCCAAGUCUUCUAGCCAAUUCCGAUCCGAAAAUUAACGAAGCCAGCGCUAAGGCUAUAACAAUGGCUACACAAAUCAUCUACGAAGCUACGCAACAAGAAGAACAAUUACAACAACAGCUACAGCAUCUUAACAACACAGAAUAUUCGUCGCCGCAAACGCCAUCUGUAGCCGAACAGCAACAGCCGAAAAAGCAAACGCAGCACAAAGACAAAACUUUAACAGCUAAUGCCGAAGCGCCGGCCAUUGGCAAUGAUAACUCGAAUGCCAAUGCAACAAAUGUCUUUGCUUGGCAUAAGCUGCUGGCGCCACCGCCAAAACAAAUGGUCGUUAUUGAUCGUAUGCAUUCCGGCGCACGUCGUUUUGUGGUCUUGGACUUCGGCUCACCCAUUUUACUCACCGAUUUGGUUAUACCCGCAUGCGACGAGCUGGCAUCACUGCACAUAGACAUUUGGUGCUUUGAUGAGGAAGCCGACAGCGUGCGCUUAGUGGUCGCCUCUGACAUCAGCACGAAAACCUUGGUCCUCAGCGAUCUGCAACCACCACCGAUUUGUCGCUACAUGAAAAUCACCAUAAUUGGACGCAUCGGUAUGUCGGCUACGAAAUGCAAAAUUCCAAUUGGUUCGUUUUAUGGACACGCCGUUGUUUUGGAACACGACGGCUACGGCGAUUCGCUGCUGCGUUUCAUGAAGCAACCCGCACAAAAUAUACAAGCACAGAUAAAGGCGCUGACGUCGCUGUACGAGGAUGUGCAUUGCCGUUAUAGUUUGGCUAGUUGUAAGUUAAUCGAGUUGCUGACACCCAUUCUCAACUGCGAGAUGUCAAAUGUGGCUCAUAUGCAAGCAUUCAUCCACAAGCAACGCGAAGAGGACGCUAACACCGUGGACAACAGUAAAGUAGUCACCAUAUAUGAGGAAUGCAUUCUAUUGCAACAUCAAAUCAAUAUUAUACGCAAUGUCAUUGGACGUUUGGAGAACUCGCUACACCCAGUGCCCUUCGGUGCUGUUGCGGCUCAAGCUGCCGCCGGCUCGUUGGAAAAUGCGAAUUUACGAAAUGUCUUGCAGUUGGCAUCACGUGACAAACUUCGUGUUCUGGGCCAAAGUCUAGUGGAGAUUUUGCUGCAUUUUUCCAUUGAAUAUGGUAUAAAGAAUAUUUUGCCAGUCCACCAGCUGUUCACAAUGGAUGUGGCCAAUAUGCUGUUCAAUUCGUUGGUGGUAUAUGGCGAUGCACACAUCCAGCUGGCCACAUGUUCGCUGCUGGUGCGCAUGUGCUGCUUCCAGAGUUGGUGGGGCGAUUUCUUGGCGGACAUCUUCUGCAAUUUGUUUUCUUCGCAGAACAGUAAAAUCUUUCCACAAGACCGCAUUUUCUUCUUGCUGACCUACUUGGGAAGACGUAGCAUCGCAAUGGGCACUUGCCGUUCGAUAGUCAUCGACGCAGUAUUGAAGACAUUGGCCAAGCUUUUGGCACCGAUUUCGCCCAGAUAUCAAGAGAGCCAAGCGACGGCCACGCGUAUUGAUGACACAGAUGACAGCGGCGGUGCUAGCUCUGGUGGCCUGUGGUCGAAAUCGGAUCUGCAGCUGAUCACGUGGCUAUUGCUAUUUUUAUCGGUGUGCUUGGAUGACAGUAAUGAACGCAAAGAUAAAUCUUCGAGUCGAUGGGACUUCAUGAGCUGUGAAACCGAUUUCACCAAAACUCGCUCACAAACCACAAAUACGUCUGGCAAACAGUUGCGUUGCUUCAAGAAACGCAUUGUGCAACAAAACAAAUACAGCGUGCAGCCUUAUACGGACUGGGGCAAAAAGAUUUUCAUGAUUCAGAAUGAGCAUCCAGGCAUUUUCAUGGAAAUGACAGGCAAACCGAAACCGAGCAAAACCAACAAGACAAAUAUAACGCCAAAGACCACCAAGGAAACCAACCAGGAACCUGAAAACAACUUCGACAAGGGACUAAAGACCAUACGUUUGAAUAACAUAUUGAUCGUGAUUCGUGGUUUGAUCGCAUUAUUGCUGGAAAUGGAUUUUACCUGCAAUAUGGAUCAAUUUCUCCUAACAUGCAAGGUCAUUGCGCGCUUAGUGUCUGCAUGCCGUCCCGCAGUGCAGUUGUCAAAAAUAAUUACAACCACGCAAUUGGAGCAACUCAUUCGGCAAGCGGUGUGGAAUGAUCAGCAACAGCCCUGGGCUGUGCAUGCGAUCACCUGUUUGCUACAGGAUCUACUCGAUGCUGAUAAGCAAUUCAAAGAUAAUGACAAUGUGUGCGCCAAUACGGAAGGUGUGCGACCGAUGGAGGGUGUUCAGGAAACAAAAGAUCUGUUCUCUGACUAUUCAAAUUACUUGUCACAGGCUGUAAACUCGCAACUACAAUCCGUUGGCAAUGAUAUACAGUAUUCUGAUGGCGUCAAAUAUUCCUACUUGCCUUCGUUAAUCGAAUGCGAAGACACCGAAUUGGAUGACAUAUUGAACGACAUUGAUAUUAUCGAACGUUCGAAAACGGUGACCAAGAAGGACAGCAAUGCCAUCAAUAAGAACACAUUCAACUAUUUCUGCAAAUCAAUAUCCAGUGCCAUGGACGCACGCCUGGACGUUGGUCUCGACAUUAAUGUGGAAAUUCAGCUGCGCCGCCUAACAAUGGUCUCCUCUUUGGAUAUGUAUUCGUCCUUGCCGCAAAUAUUGGCCAAUGAGUUCAUUACGACUCCGCCGGAGGCGACCGUUUGGCCGGAGUAUAUUACGGACAUCUGGUCUAGUCCGGAGUACAGUUGCGGUGAAAACACUUAUAAGAUGUUUAAAAAUGUGUUUGAUUGCAUUUUUGCCCACCUACAUUUGCAAGAUACAUGGGUACACCUGGAGCAAGUGUUACAAAUGUGGCUGACUUUGAAUGGUGAAUUGUCUGACAAACCCUACAAUUCCGGCAUCACACAGAGCGACAUACCAAAGAUACCGUUCGGUGCGCAUGCCGUGCAAGGGCUGCUGCUCGCGUUGGCGUGGCAUAACGACAUUAAACUGCGCACUUGGUGUCUCGGUUUCCAGUGCUUGUUUUUGGCGUGUAAUUCACAGGCGCUGGGCGAUGACGACACCGAUUCGACACGCAUCAAUGAAGUGAUCGUUAACGAUGAGAAUUUCGAGAAGAUGCUUCUACGUUUCUUCUCCGGUUAUGGCAUGAGUUCUUCGAUCAUUACAAACCGUUGUGCCGGUCCAACAAUUUGCAAGAACUUGCAUGAGCUGUUGAUGUGGCUGCACAAGAAGAGCGAAAGCAGUGCUCUGACAGUUGUUUCGAACCGUCGCAAGCUGAAGGACACUCUAUUGCAUGUCAUUUUGCAGUUGGUGCAGCCAGGUGGCGCCAUCGCCAAUCAGCAGGGCCCAAUUGAUGCUCAAAGCCAGUUGGUGCGGGACUUACUCUUAAUACCAACUGACAAACCCGACUUGAAUGUGGCGCUAAACAUUAUCGAAAGUGUUUCGUUCUUGGUGUUUAACAAUAUAUCUAAUGGCGAUAAGUUACAAUGUCAACGCUCAACUGAUUGCAAUAAUGCCACGAGUACUUUUAGCAAUCUCUUUGCGAAUGUAUUGGGCUCAGAGAGCACCAAGCAGAAUACCACGCUCUCUGAUAACUCGCUCAUAAUUAGUUUAUUGAAAUUGUCGUCGUCGCUGGCGGAGACCGAACUGCCUAGACAGCCUAGUGAGGUGCCUAUACCAGAAGAGGAAGAAUUAUCAAAUGAAAGCCAAACUGACGAAACCAAGGCGGAGCAGUUGAAUAUAGAAGGCCACCGACCGAAGACACCUUGUAUAGCCGAUACUGUACUGCGCCACUUCCCCACAAUGAAACGUUUGUUGGGUUCACUCUCACAUUGCUCCAGCUCAUCGUUCACCAUAGUGGCUUCGUCCUCUAACUUUUUACUAGACGAGCCACAAAGCACCGCCGAUGCCGUUUUCAAUCUGCUCAUUACACUGUAUGACAAAGCAUCGAAUCCACGUCUCAUUGUGGCAUCGAUUUGCCAAUACUUAGAAACCAGUACAAUACAGCGCAACGCUUUGCCUCGUUUGCAGUUGUCAGAGCCAUUUUUGUGGUAUAUAUCGAAAGUGCUGGAGGUAUCUGUGGCUGUGCAAAUAUUCACGCAGCUGGGUGGCAUCAAAAUCAUUUGUCAAAAUUUGGUGCGACUGAAUAAGAUUCUAAUAAACAUGCAGCCGGGAUUGAUUUCGCUGAUCAUGCAACAUAUGACUAAAAACACUAAACUCAAACUGCAUUCCCAUGCUUGCGUGAAUGGCAACGGAAAGAAGACGUCUUCAUCCUCCAGUGCUGCACAGAGUCAGCGCCAUUUCCAGGACGGUCUUAUAAAUUUCGCGCCGUUUUGUACCAUAUCCGCCGAGCAUGACACCGCACAUUCAGCCGACAUCUUAAUAAUGAAUCCGGUGGCAUCGCACAGGCGUCCACGCACACCUGCUUGGAGCUAUAUGUUUUAUCCAAACGAAUCGCACGUCGAUUUGACCAUUACACUGCCAACAGCUAUACUGUUGAAGGAGGUACAACUGCAGCCACACGCCCCCACAUUGGCAUCGUGCCCGUUUGCGGUUGCUUUGGAGAUAUCACGUGAUUACGGUUUGGGCCCGAUUCCAGUGGGCCCACCGCUCACUACCACCGGUAUGACUUGCAUACGUCUGAAGUUGGCUAAGCCGGAAAUCGCCACCAGUGUCGUACUACGCUUGUAUAGACCGAAAGAUAGCUCCAACAUCGGUCUCUCACAAAUUGCCAUUUUGGGCAAUACGAUAUUUGCAUUCAAUUCCAACUCGUUGGGCAGCGGUGCUAGUGGCAGUAACGGUGUUGGUGUCGGCGUCGCCGGUAGUGGUGUCUUCAAUUUCGACCAAAACAACGAUGAGGACACAUUCGCUAAGACGAGCGUCGGCUGGAUGCGCAUACUGGCGCGCUGUUUUAAAGCGCCCGCAAUUAUUUACGAUGAAAAGUUGGCUGCCGAUGUGAUUGGCGCUUCGGCCGCCUUCCCAGGCUUUCUGGAGGCCUGCUGCUCACUAAUGAACAUUAUGCCAAUGAUACCAAACGCCGCAUUAGAAAAUCUGCACACUGUCUUAUUGAAACUGGGUGCCUACAAUCGCAACUUGUGCCUAUCCAUAAUACGCAUAUUGCUCUGGGGCACAGCGCCACAAACAUACAAGCUUUCAAAUGAGAGCAUCUGCAAUCUACUUUAUGAGCUGGCCACUACCAGAGAUGAUUACAUGGUGGACAAGAUACACGUGCUCCUCGAGUGGAUCGUAAAGUUGCGCCAAAACUUCAGCAAUCGCACAUUGCGUUGUAAUAAUCCACAAAGCGGCUUUGUUAAGUGCGUGGCUUCGAUACUGUGGUCAGUGCAUGCGGAAAACCAUGUGCCGAAUUUACAAGAACUAAUCACCACCGAUCUCUUUGACGCCUGUAUGCACUGGAUAGACACAUUGGAGAAUGAGGAACCGCUAAAAGUGGCCUUUGACUCCUUGCUAUGCUCGCUGUGUUGUAUAAAGCCGGAACUGUUCAACCAACUGAUCACCAAACUGAAUGUGAAGGUGCAGCAAACGAAUGAAAUGGAUACCAGCAGCGGUUCAAGUACAAGUGUGGCGACGGUGGGCGCACAAGCAAACGCGCGCGAUAGUGGCAUAAGAGGCGGUUUGACCGACGAUAACAAAGGUCAAAGCGGUAGUGCAUGGUUCGCCAGCGUUGCUGCAGCCAAUUUAACAACAUUAUUACAACGGCCGGCCUACUUGGGCACAUUAGCAAUGGCCUGUCAAUCGCCAUCUGCCGUUUAUCAGUUGGUGGACUCGGGUCUGCCGAAGUUAUUGGCCUACGCCUUGUAUGAAUAUUGCAGCGCUUUGUUGCCGGAGGUGAAACGGUCCGUGCCGCAAUCGGCGGCGAGCACCUCAGCGACAGCCGCCACAAAUAAUAGCGCUUCAACAUCAAGUUCGUCGGCGACUGCACAAUUAUCGAGCACUUCAAGCGCCUGCCUAACAGAUGCUGAUAAAGCAGAAUGCGUAGAUGAUAGCAAUACAGCCAUGAAUGAGGUUGUCGUGCCGUUACUUAAUUGUGCACACGUACCGAAGGUGUUAGACUUCUUCUCUGAAUGCUGUGCCGAGGGUCAUAUGCGUGAUUGGCUUGGCACGCAGCAAGGUGCCAUCUUUUGGAAACCGUUGCUAGAGCUGCUAUGUAAUUAUCGUCCCAUGGAAUAUGCCGGUGAGGAACCGAUGCAACAGGCAUUUAUACGCAUGGAACGUGCCACCAUCAACUUCUUCUCGCGUGUUAGUGCUUGCCAUCCGAAAAAUCAAGAUACGCUAACCACUUUGCUGAUCGCUGUAAUUCGUCGGCCGAUGCAGGGUUCGCUGGGUGGCAAAACCACCAUCUCCGGUUUCACGCGACAAAUCGUGCUCCAGUUGCUGUUGGAGAAUGAACGCAUUCUGGUGUCGGUUCGCAGCAAACAGCCGUUACAGAAGCGUGAUUCCUCGACUUUGUCUGUGGCGGCGACAGCGAACAGUGCUGCCAGUAGCAGCGUAUCAAUGUCCUUGGUUAAUCAUCAUCCAUCUAAGCGUGUUAAUGCACACCAUCUGCUCUUUGGUGUCAGUGCGAACACAAAAUGCCAGGAGAUACUACAAAAUUGUGUUUCUGUCUACAGUAUUCUAUUUUCCUCAAUGCAAGCAGAAACGCGUCCAGGGGAGAACAAUGCCCCAAUGAGUGGCACCAUAAACUUGGCAACAACCAACAGUGGCGAGCUUGGAGCUAAGCACGACAAUGAGAAGUCCAAAAACGAUGUGUAUGAUAGCAUUCCGUUCAAAUUCAAUGGUUUGGAGAAUGGCAUGGAGUUCUUGAGCGUGGCAGCUGGGGUCACAGCGAAGGACAAACGCAUUAAGGAUGUGAAAAAUCAGGUGGCGGCAAGCAAAGAAAACAAAGACUUGUUUCCCAAUUUUCCAAAAUUCUUCAGUAUUGAAGACUUUUUGACGCCUGGCUCCAUUAUUGCGAAUUGCUCGCAACUCGUGCAUCCAGAUUGUCCGGAAAUUGUGAUUACCAGUGAUACCACUAUAUCGCAAAUACUUGCCGCCUUACAUAGCAAGGGCCAUUCGUUAUCAACCCCUUGCAUCACACUGAAUCUGAUACCUUCCAAGCCAGUCGAAACGAAAGAGGACUCUGUGCUUAUGGCUUCUGACAUUGAGCCGCUGCCAUCGCCAUUGCAACGUUUCUCCAGUCGCGGCGGUUUGUCGCUGCUCGCUCAGUAUUUGCCCACAGUAUAUCCGGACAGUGCCGGCCGCAAAACGCCUACCACAUUGCCGGAGAAGGAGAAGAGCCCACCCAUGACUGACUGGGUCAAACUCGAGCCAAAUGAUGAAAUAUACGAAGAUCUGGAGGAUCCAAUCACCGAACCUACAUCCAAACAUGCCACAAUCACAUCGGUGCCGCAACAUUCCCUUGCAGCUUUUGGUCUAUUUCUGCGCUUGCCACCUUACUCAGAUGUGCUGCUGCGCGAUAAGGUGCGUGCACAAUGUCUGUUGCGGUUGGUGCUCGGAGUUACUGGCGACGGCGAAGGAAAUGACAUUUAUAGCUUGUCCGUUGCACCCUCGCUUCCAACGUUACCGUUUGAGGUAUUCCGUCAACUGCUGGACAACUCACCUCUGACUACCGAUGAUGGCAUGCUACUACGACGUAUGGUCAUCGAGGUGGGUGCAAUGCAUUUAGUUUUGAAUUGUCUGGGUGUAUUCACUCACCAAUCGCAGAAUUAUCAAAUCGUCAGCCCACAAAAUGAGUCUUCUACCAGCGGCAUUCGCACGUCGUCAAGUAAUAAUGUUGACGACUCUUUGGGCACAUCCGAUGAUAAGGGGCAUAUGUACUGGGCAAAGGGCACUGGAUUUGGUACGGGCUCAACGACGCAGUCGUGGAAUGUGGAACAGGCGUUGUUGCGGCAGAAGAGCGAAGAGGAGCAUGUAACAGUUUUAUUGCAAGUACUCUCGAGUUAUAUAAAUCCCGGCGACAAAAUCCCAGCUGCUUUACAGUCGGACGAAAUCAUGUCGUAUCAUGAAAUUACUGAAGUAACCGGUGAAUUGCCAUCCUUAUUUUUGGUGUUACUUCAACAGUCGUGUCUCAUUCCGGCAUUAAGUUCCUACUUGCGUAAUGAUUCCGUACUGGAUAUAACCAGACACAUUCCUCUAUAUCGCGCCAUCUUACAAUUGCUGAGAGCACUGUCGCUCUCGCCAGAAUUAGUUUCACUGCUGCAGCCGUCGCCGAAUAAAAGCGAAAGCUCGCCUGCGAUUGUUGAGCUGCUCUUAAAUAUGAAGACCUGUGUCGACACAUACGCAAAACGUUUAAAGGUUAAUAAGAAGUCCAACAUAAAGGGCCAGACGCAACAGGUGACCGUCAACAUUGAUGAUGGUGACGACGAGGGGCUUGCUUUACUUAUACCCGAUAUCCAAGAGACGACCGUUUUGGUGCAAAAGACAACCAAUGCAGAUGCGCUCGCCAAUCAGCAGCGCCUGGAUCGGGAGGCCGGCGGAAGUGGUUGUGGUAGCAUUGAGCGCGUACCGCAGAGUAAGUCAAUCGAGCAGCGCUAUUUGGAGGUGAUGAAGAAGCUGCAAUUCGACACUGCGGAGAUGAUUGUGGAGGCGGAGAAUAACGGCUUUCGUUUCGUUAUUUCGCAUCAUUUUGAGAAGAUGGUGCGCAUGGCGGGUGAUCGUUAUCACCCGUCGCGUGUGAAGCGUCUGGCGCAAGAGGCGGUGACGCUAUCGACCAGCUUACCGUUGUCUUACAGUAGCUCCGUCUUUGUACGCUGUGAUACCGAUAGACUGGAUAUUAUGAAAGUAUUGAUUACUGGGCCAGCAGACACGCCAUAUGCGAAUGGUUGCUUUGAAUUUGACGUCUUCUUCCCGCCCGAUUAUCCCAACCUCCCGAUGAUGAUAAAUUUGGAAACAACGGGCCGUCAUUCCGUACGUUUCAAUCCCAAUUUAUAUAAUGACGGCAAGGUUUGCUUAUCCGUACUCAACACCUGGCACGGCCGACCUGAAGAGAAAUGGAAUGCGCAAACGUCUAGUUUCCUGCAAGUACUGGUAUCCAUUCAGUCGUUAAUUUUAGUCCCGGAGCCGUAUUUCAAUGAGCCUGGCUUUGAGCGUAGCCGCGGUACGCCCAGUGGCACACAUUCUUCACGCGAAUACAACAGCAACAUAUACCAAGCGUGCGUUCGAUGGGCGAUGCUGGAACAAAUACGUAAUCCCAGUCCUUGCUUCAAAGAUGUGAUCCAUACGCACUUUUGGCUCAAACGCAAUGAGAUCUGCGCGCAAAUUGAGAAUUGGAUUGAGGAGCUAAGCAAACCGCAAUACAGUGAACGCAACAGUCGCACCAUAUCAUUUAAUUCGAUGGUCCUGCGUCGCCAGUAUCGUCAUUUGCGCGAAGAGCUCGCCAAGCUUAAAGUGCCAGAGGGCUUGGAAGAUCUCGACACACCGUUCAAUCCGAAUGUCAAUCUGCCGGCAAUGACUGAAACCACCAGCGCUGCAAAUGUCACCAACACCAAGGCAACGACCACAACAGCGUCGACAACCGCGUCCACGACAGUUGCCCCUGCGAUCGGUAUUAAAUCAGGUGGGAACGGCAAGGCCGAUAACAGCCGUCAAGAGAGUGAAGACAAGAACGUAAAUGCGAAUAGUAGCAGUGAUAGCCCCACCACACCGACUCCGGCUAGCAGUAGUGGUAGCAAUAGUAGCAAUACAGUUGCUAUACAAAUCCCGGCACCAACAAACACUUCACUGGUCAACGCCGAAUGGCAGAGUAUUCCAAGCCAAACCGCGGAGGGCAUAUCGCCAUCUGCAUCGGCUACAACCCUGGGACUGACAACGCUUUUGCGUCAGAGUAUGCCGGUUGAGGUUAGCAAUGAUUUCGAUAGUAUGAACGAUGCGACUAUGGUGAUGCCACCACAACCGCCAGUUCCAGCUCCUGUAACCGCCAAGGUGAGCACCGUUGAGGCGGCAACAGCACCAAUUGCUGUUGAAGAUACUGAUGAGGACAUUCAGAUCGAUGCCAGCGAGUACAACUACAAUGCUGAUCUGGUGCAAUCGCUUUUUUACGCUGACGACUCACAAUUUGAGAAUUCCAAUCUGGGUGAUUUCAUGGAAUAGACUUGAUAAAUAUAUAUAUGACGGUAGUCAGUUAAUGGAUGGUUCGUACUUGUAGUUGUGGCAGCGACGCCUCUUGUAUGUGCUUUAUUUCAAAUCAAUUUUAAGUAUGUGUGUGUGUUAUCCAAUUAAUUCUACUCUUAUUAAUUUUAUUAAAUCAUUUUUAUAAAAUCAAAUAAAACAGAAAUCUUUUGUUUAUAUACAA